GCCAUUCAUGGACACGACCUGUUAGGAGGCGUUGCUCAGGUCUCUAUCACUAUUGGUUUCCAACCACAUUUCUUUUUUCCAUGUGGCGGCAUGUACUUUGGAGGGUUGUUCACUCGCUUCGGGAUUAUGAGCACUAAGGCGCAAGUUUGGCUUGAAGCUGCUGUGAUAGCUACGAGUGUAACCUUCGCUCUUCUUAUUACGAUCAACCGAGCUCUCGCAGUUUCACAUCCGAGAUCAAGCGAAAUCAUCCCAGUCUGCUCAGUUCUUAGCCAACCAACGAAGACUUACAGUUGGAGUUUUAUUAUGACCGCAGAAAUAAUUGGACUGGCCAUUCCUAUCAUCCUCAUGAUGUUCUGCGGUAUUUUCAAGAUUGGAAAUCCAAUUUUGUUCCAAAUCGCUAUAAUAAGCAUCUGUUUCUAUCCUGCAUUUGGGUCUUACUUCGUGUUGAUGUCCAACACAGAUUACAGGAAUAGGAUUCAAUCCAUCUUCAAGAGAGCACAAAAGGCGACAUCACUCACUCGUGAUCAGACUGACUGCAUAACGAUCUAG